UAAGUGAGGCUCCUCCUGCUCAAAGACUAUUCAGCACAGGCAUUUGUCAUUCCCUCCCCUUUCACAGAUCAGUAAACACCAUGUGAUUUAUCUGGAAGCAGAGAGUGAAACUCACUGACAUUCACUGUCGUGGAGAGGAGAAAUGGCGCAGCAACUGAUUAAGCUGGAUCGAGAAAAACUGAGCUGUUCAAUCUGUCUGGAUCUUCUAAAGGAUCCGGUGACUAUUCCCUGUGGGCACAGCUACUGCAUGGGCUGUAUUAAAGACUGCUGGGGUGAGGAGCAUGAGGAGAAAACACACAGCUGUCCUCAGUGCAGGCAGAGCUUCACAACAAGGCCUGUCCUGGUGAAAAGUACCAUGUUGGCAGAGUUGGUGGAGGAACUGAAGAAAGUAGGACCUCAAGCUGCUUCACCUGAUCAUUCCUAUGUGGGACCUGGAGACGUGGCCUGUGAUUUCUGCUCUGGGAUGAAAGUGAAAGCCUUCAAGUCCUGUCUGGUGUGUAUGGCCUCUUACUGCGAGCAACACCUCCAGCCUCACUACAGCGUAGCUCCAUUAAAGAAACAUAAGCUGGUUGAAGCCACUUUGAAGCUUCAGGAGAACAUCUGCUCUCGCCACGACGAGGUGAUGAAGAUUUUCUGCCGCACUGAUCAGAAGUGCAUCUGUUAUCUCUGCUCCAUGGAUGAUCAUAAAGGCCACGAUACAGUCUCCGCUGCAGCAGAGAGAGCUGAGAGGCAGAAGGAGCUCGGGGUGAGUCGGCAAAAAGUCCAACAGAGAGUCCAGGACAGAGAGAAAGAUGUCAAGGUGCUUCAGCAGAGGGUGGAGGUUAUCAAUCAUUCUGCUGAUAAAGCUGUGAAGGACAGUGAGAAGAUCUUCACUGAUUUGAUCUGUCUCAUUAAGAAAAUAAGCUCUAAAGUGAAGCAGCAGAUCAGAUCCCAGCAGACAACUGAAGUGAGUCGAGCUGAAGAGCUUGAGGAGAAGCUGCAGCAGGAGACCACUGAGCUGCGGAGGAAAGACACUGAGCUGGAGAAGCUCUCGCACACAGAGGAUCACCUCCAUUUCCUGAACAGCUACCCCUCACUGUCCCAUCUGAGUGAGUCUGAAGACUUACCCAGUAUUAAUGUCUGUCCUCUGAGCUCUUUUGAGGGUGUGACAGCGGCGGUGUCAGAGGCCAGAAAUAAACUGCAGUCUGUUCUGAGUGAGGAGUGGGCAAAGAUCUCACUGGCAGUGACUGCAGUGGAUGCUUUACUCCCUCAAAAAGAGCCCGGAACCAGAGCUGAAUUUAUGAAAUAUGCUUGUCAUCUCACACUGGAUCCAAAUACAGCACACAAACGUUUGUCAUUGAGUGACAGGAACAGAAAAGCAAAAUUAAUGGCAGCAGACCAGUCAUAUUUGGAUCACCCAGACAGAUUUAUUGAAAGGUGGCAGGUCAUGACUAGAGAGGGCCUGACUGGACAAUGUUACUGGGAGGUGAAGUGGAGUGGAAAAGUUUUAAUAGCAGUUGCGUACAAGGAUAUUAGCCGAACAGGGACCAGAGACAAAUGUGGAUUUGGAAAUAAUGACAAAUCUUGGGCAUUAGAAUGUUACAGUGGUAAUUAUGAAUUUAGAUAUAACAAUAUUGUUACUUGCAUCUCAGGCCCUCAGUCCUCCAGAAUAGGAGUUUACCUGGAUCACAGGGCAGGUACUCUGUCUUACUACAGCGUCUCUGAAACCAUGACUCUCCUCCACAGAGUCCAGACCACGUUCACUCAGCCUCUCUAUGCUGGAUUUUGGCUACCAAAAACUGUUGGAGACACUGCUGAGUUGUGUGAGCUAAAGUAGACAGGAGUUUAAAGAGUGAUCCAUCUCUGUACAGUAAAUGUUGAGG